CAAAAUGAAGGUUUUUAUGGAGGAGUUAGACUUCUUAUGGCAAUCUGCAAAAUUUUCUUCAACCAUUGUCUUGCUAAGGGAAUCGCCCUACAUGGUGGAAAUUUUACAUUAUCAUAUGACACAAAUAUUCCUCGGCAGGCCGGGCUUUCAGGCUCAAGUGCAAUUGUAUGUGCUACUCUUAAUUGCUUGCUGGACUUCUACAAAGUGAGACAUUUGAUUAAAGUUGAAAUCAGGCCAAAUCUGAUUCUUAAUGCUGAGGAGGAACUAGGGAUUGUUGCCGGCCUUCAAGAUCGAGUCGCACAAGUUUAUGGUGGGCUUGUCUACAUGGACUUCAGCAAGGAACAUAUGGAUAAGUUGGGCCAUGGGUUGUACACACCUAUGGACCCUAGUAUCCUUCCACCUCUCUAUCUCAUAUAUGCUGAAAAUCCAAGUGAUUCAGGAAAGGUGCAUAGUACCGUUCGGAAGAGGUGGCUUGACGGUGACUCGUUAAUUAUCUCAUCCAUGGAGGAAGUUGAAAAUAUUGCAUGGCAGGGUCGUGAGGCAUUACUGGAAAAGGAUAAUGAUAAGCUUGCAGAGGUUGUGAAUCGCAAUUUUGAUCUUCGAAGACUGAUGUUUGGAGAUGAGGCUCUUGGUUCCCUCAAAAUCUCUAUGAUUGAGGUGGCUCGUAGUGUUGGUGCUGCUGCCAAAUUUACUGGUAGUGGUGGGGCUGUAAUCGCAUUGUGCCCUAAAGGACCAUCACAAGCGGAAGAUCUCAAAGUUGCAUGUCAAAAGGCUGGUUUUAUUGUUCAGCAAGCAGUGGUUGUCUCCUCUUUUCUCAGUGACGAGGAGCCAAAGGUUGCUGCCUCUAAUUGAAGCAAGAGGAAGCAUCUUUGAUUUUUCGAGCUCACAUUCAUGCUUUUUUUAAUGUUAGCUCCAGUUAUUUAACUAGCAAGUCCAAAGUCAAUACAUCUUUGUUUUUUUGUUCCCGAAAUUUUGCGAUUGUCUUAUCAUGCACACAGCUGGGAACACUGAUUUUUUUAUUAAGAUAUCUGAACAAUGGUUGUUCAUAAACAGAAAAAAAAGAGUCCGAGUUAUGAGA